GGGACGAGAAAAUAAAAUGAAAAGGUGUUCCAUCUUCUCCCACCCUACUAUAUAGUUAUCCUGACGUGGCGGUGGAUAACAACUUGGAAAACUUAUUAAAAGACCACUAGGCAGGAACAAUGAACAUUAACUCAAAGACAAAAGCCCGCAAUGGUAGCAGCAACGAGCAUCGAGUCCAAUACCUUUGGUUACAAUAAGGGCUUAAACCAGUCAUGGAGCCGUAAAAUACAGUAAUUGAAUCGGCAACAAAGUGGGAUUUGUCUCAACGAAUUUUCUGACUAGGCAAUUUGUGCCAAUAUUUGGCACGUUACCGAGUUUACAUGUGUUUGCUGAGCAAAGUAAGUCAACAGGACCAUAAACAUAUAAAGGUGGCGACGAUGGCUGAUAACUCUCGCUGCUGCAUUGUGUAACUAACUGCAUGUAGGCGCGCAGUUUGUAUAGCUUUACAUUAAAUUGAUUAAGUAUAUCAAUGUACUGACAAGCAAGUACAGCAAAGCGAAAUAAAGCAAACGUUAGAAUGAAGUUUAGUACGAAAACUCCGCAAGGAAAAGUGACGUUAGAUUUUGCGAUAUAUUGGUUCGGAAUUUUUGUUAUAAGUUGCGCACAUUAUGCCCUGCUUAAUUUGCAAUCAAGUUUGAACGUGGAGGAUGGGUUGGGCUCAAUAUCAGUAACAGUUCAAUAUAGUUGCAUGGUGGUGGGCGGGUUGUUCGCAUCGUCUAAUCUGCUGCAUUUCAUCGACAUAAAGACGGGGCUGGUUAUUUCAGACAUCGCUUACAUUGCUAUUAUUGCUGGGAACUUUUAUCCAACUUUUUACACCUUGAUACCGGUCAACGUCAUCGGAGGUUUCGGAAAAAGUUUGUUUUUCGUCACAGCCGGACAAUAUACUGUUUACUUUGCGAAAAACUUUGAAAAGUUUGGCACGAGGGAAUAUAAAGACUACGUUGGCGAUAUUGGCGCCUUUACGUUAUGUGCGAUUCAACUAUCACAGAUCAUCGGGAGUUUAAUACAGUUUGUUGUGUUCGAAACUGCUCCAGAUACUGAGCAAGAUGUUUUACCGGGCGAUAAUAUGACAACGUCUAUAACUAUUACAACGCCAAGACCGUUAUCAGUUGGUGACAUAUGCGCUGCCAACGAUUGCCAGGAUCCUGAAAUCACGAAACGAAAUAUUUCAAACUAUAUUCCGCUUGCCGAUGCAACUUUAUACACCAUGUUGGGUGUUUACCUUGGUCUGAACAUACUUGGUUUACUACUUCAUAUUGUGCGCGCUCCGAGAUCCGACAACGGUACAAACAUAUUCCAAAUUUUGUUUUAAAAUAUUGAAUGUUUUCGGAAAGUUACUGUUCAUUUUUGUAAAAAAAACAGACAACGGUAAU